AUGAUAAGCCGCGAGAGUAUCCCCGAAAAAUGGGCUGCGGCCUGGUCUGACAACGAUUCAGCCGCAUUCGCAAAGUUGUUUGCCCCACAAGCCGUGUACACCGACCACGCGCACCAGCUCAUCACGACCAAGCUGGAGGAUCAUCACAGGGUCUGGCGCAACGCCAACCCAAACUUUAAAGUCAUUGUCGAUCCGUCGACGCCGAUCUGGUGGUCUAGAGACAACGCCGAUAACGACGAGAAGCAAGCGAGCUGCAGUUUCAGAACCAUCAACACCGGGACCUUUAUGGAGUCGCUGCCAAGAAAGGUCGCUUCGGGCAAGAAUUGGUCUUUCACUGCAAUGGUGCAUCUGGUUAUUGAAGACGGGCUAAUCACGCAACUCGAUGAGUUUUAUCGGGAUAGCUUUGACGAGGGGAUCCCUGUAGACAAAUACAUACGCCGUGUUUAA